CUGAGACCCUGAGGAAGGAAAGAAGUCCCAGCGAGAUCUCAUCUUCAGGAUCUGAGCCCCGGAAACCAAAAGACGCAGCAGAAAGACGCGAGCAGACAAUUACGCGCGGUCUCCCUGUGGAUGCUCCUGCUUCAGCGCGGACUUUUUAUCGUCUCUUUGGAAAUGUAGUUGCCUCCUUGAGAAAAUCUCCAGAGGACAGUUGCCCCGACUAGUUGAUGAGAGGAGUGCGAGGAGCUGCGCCUCCGUGUCCUGUGUUCCGCCGCUGCAGCAGCUGGGCUGGAGAAGCCCCGCAGCGCUGACCGAAGAGCGCUCCUGCCUCCCCGCUGCAGACCCACGUCCAGUCCUCCGCCAGCCCUACGCCAAAAGUCCGUGGAAGAAGAAGAAGGAAAAAUGUGCGACAUGAUGCCCGCCUCCAAGCCCGCGGAGAAAAUCGGCAAAAUGAAAAAGUUGAGGAGAACUUUGUCCGAGAGUUUCAGGAGCAUUGCAUUCAAGAAAGAAGACAGCGGCUUUGAUGAGAUAUGUUUCACAAAGAUGUCCACACGAAGCUGCCAGGGAACAGACUCGGUCAUCAAGCCCCUGGACACCAUCCCUGAGGACAAGAAGGUGAGAGUUCAGCGCACGCAGAGCGGCUUCGACCCGUUCGAGAAGCCUGCCAGUCAGGUGAAGAGGGUCCACUCCGAGAACAAUGCCUGCAUCAGUGCCAAGAGUUCCUCCAGCGGCAAGGAGUCCCCCAAACUGCGCCGACACUCCAGCCCCAGUUCUCCCACAAGCCCCAAGUUUGGGAAGGCAGAUUCCUAUGAAAAGCUGGAGAAGCUGGGAGAGGGAUCAUACGCUACAGUGUACAAGGGGAAGAGCAAGGUGAACGGCAAACUGGUGGCUCUGAAGGUGAUUCGUCUACAAGAGGAGGAGGGAACGCCCUUCACAGCCAUAAGAGAAGCAUCUCUUCUGAAAGGCCUGAAGCAUUCGAACAUCGUGCUCCUCCAUGACAUCAUCCACACCAAGGAAACCCUGACUCUGGUCUUUGAAUAUGUGCACACGGACCUGUGUCAGUACAUGGACAGACACCCUGGGGGCCUCCAUCCAGACAACGUGAAGCUGUUCCUGUUCCAGUUACUCAGAGGCCUGUCCUACAUUCACCAGAGGUACAUCCUCCACCGCGACCUGAAACCACAGAACCUGCUCAUCGGCGACACCGGAGAGCUCAAACUUGCUGACUUUGGCCUGGCCAGAGCCAAGUCGGUCCCCAGCCACACGUACUCCAACGAGGUUGUGACCCUGUGGUACCGGCCUCCAGAUGUCCUGCUGGGAUCCACAGACUACUCCACCUGCCUGGACAUGUGGGGAGUGGGCUGCAUUUUCAUUGAGAUGAUCCAAGGAGUGGCUGCCUUUCCGGGGAUGAAGGACAUCCAGGACCAGCUGGAAAGGAUUUUCUUGGUCCUUGGCACUCCAUCUGAAGAAACCUGGCCAAGUGUUUCCUCCUUGCCUCACUUCAAACCAGAUCGCUUUACAGUUUACAGUGCUAAGAAGCUCAGACAAGCAUGGAAUAAGUUGGGUUACGUGGACCAUGCUGAGGAGUUGGCCUCCAGAUUCCUCCAGUGCUUCCCAAAGAACCGCCUGUCGGCCCAGGCAGCGUUGAACCAGGAAUACUUCAGUAACCUUCCACCGCGGCUCUGGGAGCUGCAGGACAUGUCUUCUAUCUUCACUGUACCAAAUGUCAAGCUGCAGACAGAGAGCGGGGACAGCAUACAGGUGUGUGCACGGAGGAACAGUCAUGGAAAAGCUUCCUCUGGCAGCAAACACUGACCUGAGGCAGUAUCCUGCACAUGACUGCCUGACAGGUUGCCGGUUUAAAAAGACCUGAAGAUGCUGAGAUUGAGGAUCCAGAUGAAUGAAAGAGCCCCAGUUCUCUUUAUUUAUUACCUUCACAAUGUGUGUGUGUGUGUGUGUGUGUGUGUGUGUGUGUUUGUAUGUCUGUGUGUGUGAGAGAGAGAAAGAAAGAGACACUGAGAGAGAAAGAAAAUUGAGAAGAUAUGAAUGCAUUAUUGCAUUAUGAACGGUACUUACGAUUUCAGUUUAUUAUUUACAAAUUUUGUUUACUUUUUAUAAGGCUCCAAUGACUCAUAUAUCAUUGUCACAGUAUAAGCGAAAGGUCUUUACUAUUGGUACAUAUUGUGUUUUGUGUUUGUAACUAGCCUCCUAUUUAAGAAUGUAUAUUUGUACGUAUGAUAUACUCAUUUAGAAACUAUACAAUGGACAGUUUUAAUAUUGUUUCAUCUCCUCACCAUUAAACUGCUCUGCCAGGACACAUAACACGACAAACACAUAUCUGAGACAUGCAUACGAGCAAAAUUGCAUCUUGAAAAUAAGAUGCAUAGAUUGAAAGACAAAUUGGUUGGUUUUCCGUUUUCUAAUCUUAUCUCUAGUGAGUGGAAAAGCUAAUAAUAAGACAAUAAUAGUGGAGGGCUCUCAGCGGGUUGGACACAGCCUCUGGCAGCCAUAUUGGAGGUCCAUGGUUAUUUGGUACCUGAAAGCAGCUGUAAAUGUAGAACUUGGUUGAGCCAGCAGUCGAGACAUGGGUGAAAAUGAUCUGCUUUUGUCAGAUCAUCAUUACAGUAUCACUCAGAUUUAAACGUUUCUGAAUCCGAUUUGACACUGGUACUAAAAUGUUAUCUCAAUCGAUCAGAAUCGAAGGACAGAAGUGAGAACCUGCUUGUAGGAAAAACAUUAGUAACACAAUUUCCUAUGGACUUCCAUGAUGGAACCACAGCUGGCUGAUUUGAGUUUUAUGUUGCAAACAAAAAGCCACUGCAACUCCAGGAGAUGUUGAUGGUGCACACAUACCAGGGACUGCACCAACCUGUAUAUGUAAGAAUAUAGGCUAUAGACGCAAUACCGUAAUGGACAACAGCUGCAAGUGUGUGCGUUUGAUAGAGACGUGUGUGUGUGUGUGUGUGAGAGUGUUUGUCCUCGUGAGUGUAUUAAACAUGGGCAAUAGCAAAGCAUUGGUGCUUCCAUCCAUGUAAAUGAGCUAAUGUACAAAAUGUAAAACACCAAGGCAAUAGGCUGUUGUUUGAUUUGGCCCAAGACAAUCCUCCCCUUCACUUUCUGUGAUACCAUCAAAAGAUCUGCAAUAUUCUAUCGGAAACGGAUGAUCUAUGUCAAUAACCCCAACCCUGCAUCCAGCUCACGGUGGUGUGUAUGUGCAGUAUGAAUAAUUGCGGCAGUGAGUAACUUUGAUCAGUCACUCCAUCGCCAACAUGUGUUCCCAUGCAGGGUCCCCCCCCCCCCAUAUGUGUGCCCCUCAACAUCAUACAUCUUCUGUGUUUUUAAACUUUUUAUGACGCUACAAUGAAGGUAUAACCUAGUGUCAUCAGCAAAGAUGUUUAUACUGUUUUUGAUCUUUCUUUUGCUGUUUUGUGUGAAUAUAUCUGAAUAUUACAGCUUAGACAUAUGGUAAUAAUUGUGAAGUACUAUCAAUUCAAUGGCUUCCUCUUUAUCAAUCAGAUUGAUAUUGACUGAAACACCAAUAUUGGCCCUACACGGCUGAUUAGCCGGUGAGAUGAGGCUGCAAAUGGAGCAUUGGAAACUGUUGAUACUUGUCAUGUCACUCCAUGGCCUUUUAAAUACACACGUGUGUACGCAUGCACGCACACACACACACACACAAACACACACUAUUAUAAUAUAGAUGUCUUGCCUGCUUGGAUAAACUACCUUCACCUACAUUGUCCUUUUAGCUACAGUACAGUAUAACCCUGCAGCCCCUAUACCACCCCCACAACCCCCCCUCCAGCUGGUAUUUUUUUUUGCAAGUUGUCACAUUUAAUGAAUAGGUUUCCGAUUUUAAUACAUCCGUCUCGAAACAUCACAUCAUUUCAUCCCUCUUCUUCUGUGAUAUAGAGAUGUUGUCAAAACCUUCAAGGCGUGAGCUGUUCAAAAAUACAUUCCAAAGUUCAGCUGUAGCUCAGAUGAGGCUUCAGCAGCCAAUUGUUACUCACCUGUGUUUAGGUUGAAUUGGAUUUUAUUAGCUGCUGUGAUGGAGUGCCCAGGUUGUUCUGUUGCAGGGCCUGGCAGCAGGCUGUCAUAUUAGCUUUGAAAAACGUGAUAAGUGGAUCGAGGCUCAAAUCUAAGAUGUUCUUUGUUUCUUCUCUGCCCUGUGGUGUCCUUAAAUAACUUGAUUUGAUUUGAAAUUGUCAUGCUACUGCUUGUUGGGUUACAUCUGAGUGGCACACAGUAACUAAAUUACUACAUGAAAGAAACAUAAAUGUCAUAUCUCCAUCAUACUUUCCUCGUGCUUUUCCAGAGUUUGGGGUGGAAUAAACGGCACCGCACUGGAGAACUGUUACCACCAACUGUUCUUAAUCUGGUUGCAGCCCUGGUUGUGCUGAUUUUCCAAAAACCAUUGCAUGGAAACGUUUUCACUGAAUAUUAAAUUUGACUAAUCUUUUGAAUGCAUUUGUCACAGAACAAGGACUGUGGACUGUUUCCUCUAUCCUAACUAUUAUCCUGAGUAACUUAUCUUUUAAAGUGGGAAAAGCAAAGAUAUACAAUUGGAGUUUUAAAGCACAUCAUCAUUAAUGUGGGCCAGUCUUGCUUUUUCUGACCACAGAGAGCAGCGGCUUUGGGGCAAAGAUUUAUAAUUAUGGGAUAAACUCUCCCCAAUAGUGUUUUGAAAAUGCACUUAUAAAUUAGCCCUUACAUUCCAGCCUGUAUGUCAAUUUAAAGCACUUCCAUUGCCCUUAUUGAUCAAAUUAAAUAUAUACACUUUUUCCUGGCCUCAAUAAUUGGAAACCCACUGUAUAUACAACACAUAUGCACCCUUGCUUUGCCUUAGGCAGAGUCAACCAGCCCCUCUUACAAAUGUUAGUAUUCUGCCUGGUUUUGAACCGUUAGCACAGAUUGAGGAAAGCUUGUAGAAAUGCUGUUAUCUAACUUAUCUUGUGGCUUUCCAGUGUCGUCCCCAGGCUGUGAUUGUACAGCGCCAAAAAAAAAAAAGAGCGCAGGAGAGGUGGCAGUUAACGCCAGUAAAGUGGCAUGACAGUACACACUAAAUACCAUCGAACUGUACCCAGCCUUGCGUGGCAUUAAGGGAUUGCCGACAGUAUUAGCAGCUAAAUAAUAAUUUACCCCACUAACGGCCCCCCAACACCCCAUGCACACACACACACUCGAGCUUGUCCCUCAUAACCACCCCAACUUCUGUGGAGCUCUGUCAGCCUGCAGUCUUGUGUAAAACUUUGGAUUCCUGAGUGGGCCGAGUUCCUGAAGGCUCUCGGUCCAACCUUGAAAGUUCCUCAUGUAUCUCAUAUAACGUCCAGCGAAGGGAAAGACUGUGUGACAUUGCACAUUUAGCACUGUGAGAAGAGACAUUAGAAAAUCAAUACAAAUGUCAAAGGUGGAGAUUGAAGAAGCAAUGACACACUUUGUAUGACGUGAAACACAGAUGCUUCCAUCAUGUUUGUAUACAGGGUGGCAAAUGUCCUCUUACUGCUAUCAAAGAGAAGUCGUACAUGGAUCUACGUAUAUGAUGAAUAUAUAUAUAUGAUAUUUUUGGCAUUCUUUAUCAUGUGGAUAGAAGGGGCGUCGGUUUAGAAACAUCCAGCCUGCAUCCCUCGCUGUGCUGAACAAAGAAUUUAUGUUUCAACAAGGCUUCUCUCACAUUUUAUUUUUCUUCUUGUAUGCUGCACUGACAAAUUCACCAUCUUGACAUGUGGUUUGGAAAACAGAAGUGUCAUCAGUCACUUCAUCAAUUGAAACAAUAUAUUAUACAGUAGAAUAGCUGUUGCAUUUAUUUGGUACAACCUGUAUGUAAUGUUAUUAUGGAAGAUGUAAUGUCCUUCUGUAAAUGUUGUUUAAUGUUGUUUUACCUGAAAUAAAAUUGAUUAUAUGAUUCAGAUG